CCCGAAGCGUGCGCUGCUCUCCGUGCUCCUCCAGCCUCGCUCGUUCUUCUCCUCCACACCCUCACUCACCCGCGCACCCGCCAUGCCGCGGGCCUCUCCCGUGCCCUGGUGGCAGUCGGUGCUCCUCGCCGCGCUGCUCGGCGCCUUCUCCCUCGCCGUGCUCACCGCGCAGCUGCUCAGCGCCCACGUCACGCGCGUGCGCAAGACGAACCGCAAGCGCCGCGCCAAGCUCUACGCCGACGCCGGCGUCAGCAAGGCCGACUGCCCCACCGUCGUCGGCUUCUUCCAUCCGUACUGCAACGCAGGUGGAGGCGGCGAGCGUGUCCUCUUCCAGGCGCUGCUGCACCACCUCGACGAGCAUCCCGACCACCUGCUCGUCGUGUACACGGGUGAUGUGGGACGCGAGAACAGCUUGCAUGUGCCGCCACCGCCGCCGUGGUCGGAGAUGGGCCGCGCGACGGGCGACGACAUCCUCGAGCGAUGCAGUGCCCGCUUUGCCAUCCCGCUCGCAUCGCAUUCGCGCCGUUCGCAGAUCCGCUUCGUGCCGCUGCGCUCGCGCAGCAUGGUCGGCGACAAGUACUGGCGGCGCCUCACGCUGCUGGGCCAGAGCUGGGGCAGCGUCAAGAUGGGCCUCGAGGCGCUGGGCGAGUGCAUCCCGGACGUCUGGUGCGACACGAUGGGCUACGCAUUCGUCUACCCACUUGUGCGCUCCUUCUCGUCCAAGACGCGUAUUGGUGCAUACGUGCACUAUCCGACGAUCAGCACCGACAUGAUCCAGCGCGUCGAGACACGCGCAGCCAGCCACACCAACUCGGCCUCGGUCGCAGCAAGCUCGUGGCGCAGCAGGGCGAAGCUGCUGUACUACCGCCUCUUUGCCUUCGCGUACUCGUUUGCUCUGCGCCGCGCAGACGUGCUCGUCGCCAACGGCAGCUGGACUGCCGCGCAUCUCGACACUCUCACUUCGAGGCCAAAAGGCAGCACUGCUGUCGUAUACCCGCCCUGCGACACGGGCAGCCUCUCGAGUCUGCCGCUCGAGGGUCGGCAACCCGGAGCGGUAGUGUCACUCGCUCAGUUUCGCCCAGAGAAGGAGCACGCGACGCAGCUGCGCCUGCUCCGUCUCGCUCUGGACAAGAAGCCAGACCUGCCUCUGCACCUCGUGCUGAUGGGCAGCUCCCGCGAUGCAUCAGAUGAGGAGCGCAUCGCCUCACUUCGAGCGCUCGCGACGGAGCUGCGGCUCGACGAGCACGUCGAGUUCGUCGUCAAUGCGCCGUACUCCGAGGUGAUCGAGCGUCUGUCGCGCGCCAGCAUCGGCCUCAGCACGAUGCGCGACGAACACUUUGGCAUCAACGUCGUCGAGUUCAUGGCAGCGGGCCUCGUCACGCUCUCCCACGCAUCGGCUGGACCGCUGCUCGACAUCGCCGUCAAGACAGACGCUGGACCGACUGGCUUUCAUGCCGACGAGCCGGCCGCGUUCGCCGCUGAGCUCAUUCGCAUUGUGAGCACGCCGCCGGACGAGGUGCUCGCCAUCCGCAAGCGCGCUCGCGCACGGGCAGUGGCGACGUUCGGCACCAAGGCCUUCACAGAUCGCUGGGAGGAUGAGCUGUGGGCCAGGCUCGACUCAGACGCGACUCGCGGCGGCAAGAAGAGGCAAUGACACGCGAGUCAGACACGAUGAAGAUAUAUUGCUCGAGCAUGAGCAUAACAGUACAGAGCUGCACAGCGCGUUUGGCUCAAGCGGCGAUGCCGUGAGCCACGACGAGGGUGCCCGUGACCUUGGCCUGCGGAAGGCAUGAGUGAGUGAAGCAGCUGAGGGACGGGCGCUAGCACACUUACCGUCGCCAGCGUGACGUUGUUCUCCUGGAGCUUCUUCUGUCUCGCGACCUUGAGCUGGAU